AAAUGGACUUCAAAUAUUUGUGCACCCUCCACAGCAAUAAUAUUUGCUUUUCAUUGUACAGAAGGAUCUAACAGGGAUUAAAAUAUCCAAUGAUGCCAAACUAUGGUUCGGAUGCCCCAGGAAACUUAUAUGUAAUGAAUUUAGAAGAAGACACACCAACGUUAAGUAAGCUGAAAAUAAGCCAAGGGUUCGAUUUGAUCUCAUUCAAUCCCCAUGGAAUCAGCACUUACAUUGACAAAGAAGAUCACACGGUGUAUGUAUUUGUUGUCAAUCAUCUUCAUCCACAUUUCACAAGUCAUGUAGAGAUAUUUAAAUUUGUGGAGGAGGACAAGUCUUUAACUCACCUGAAAACGAUCACUCAUGAGUUGCUGACUAAUGUAAAUGAUAUUGUAGCAGUCGGACCAGAACGUUUCUAUGCAACAAAUGAUCAUUACUUCACGGAUCAAUCUUUGCGUUUUCUUGAGAAAGUCCUAGGACUGGCAUGGUGCAAUGUGGUCUACUACAGUCCUGAAGAAGUGAAAGUGGUGGGAAAUGGAUUACAUUUUGCGAAUGGCAUAAACCUUUCACCUGAUUCAAAAACAACAACUGAAUCUUCCAACUCACAGACAGGCUCUGUGUUUAAAAACCUUCAACAUCGCACACAGAAAGGAGAUGUCAGGCCGCCUCUGCACAGUCCGGCUUUUAGCAGCCCCUGCGCGCGGCUGCAAGCUGGGCUCCUAGCAGGGGAUGAGGAUAUAGCCAUUCAGGCCGUGCAACAAGAAGAGGCCGUGGAUGACCUGGUACAGGUUCCGGCCGUUUGGAACAUAUCACCCAAGGAUGGGAUUAUGCAGACAUGGCCCUUGAACAAACUUGACGGACCCUGA